GCGAAUGCUGGGCAUCCUUCUACCAAAUAAAACUCUUUGGAGGCUAUUAGUCACUAGUGCUCAAAUCUUGUGUACGACUAUACGAGACAAGUAUCCAACUUGUGUCAAGACUGUUUUAUUCGUCUAGAAGCUUCAUUGUCUGAAGACUUUUUUAUUUCUACGAAGAAGGGAAAUUUUUGCGGUUUUAUCGGUUUAACGCGUCUUUCGUAAAGCCAAUUACCCAAUUAGAUCAAAAGUAAGAGACAUAACGUACUGUGUCAUAGGAACUUUGUGCUUCUAAACACCGUCACAAACAUAUUUUAUUUGAGGAAAAUUUUCGAGUCUUAUUACCGCUCAUUUUUAUCUCAAUUACCACUGGCAUAAUCUUUCGUUCUUCCCUUGGUUUAAAAGAACGUUUUCACAUUAAGACUUUCUGAUAAAAUGGUCAAAGAUACGAAACUUUACGAUACUUUGGGCGUUAGCCCCUCUGCUACUCCCUCUGAGCUGAAAAAGGCAUACCGUAAAUUGGCUCUUAAAUAUCAUCCUGAUAAGAACCCCAAUGCCGGUGACAAGUUCAAGGAAAUUAGCCGUGCCUACGAGAUCUUGUCGGACGAGGACAAGCGUUCCGUUUACGACAGAUUCGGUGAAGAAGGUCUCCAAGGCGGUGGAGCCGAGGGUGGCAUGUCUGCUGACGAUCUCUUUGCUUCCUUCUUUGGAGGCGGAAUGUUCGGCGGUGGAGCACCCCGUGGUCCUCGUCGUGGAAAGGAUCUCCUUCACCCCCUUAAGGUCUCUCUUGAGGAUCUCUACCGUGGUAAGACUUCCAAGCUUGCUCUUCAGAAGCGUGUCAUCUGUCCCAAGUGUGAGGGACGUGGUGGCAAGGAAGGUGCUGUCCGCAAAUGUGCCUCUUGUAACGGUAGCGGUGUGAAGUUUGUCACCCGUGCCAUGGGUCCUAUGAUCCAACGUAUGCAGAUGACUUGUGAUGAGUGUAACGGUGAAGGUGAAAUCAUCAAGGAUAGCGACCGCUGCCCUCAGUGUCAUGGUGCUAAGACUAUUUCGGAGCGUAAGGUUCUGAGCGUUCACAUCGAGAAGGGUAUGACCAAUGGUCAAAAGAUCGUCUUCAAGCAGGAGGGCGAGCAAGCUCCCGGCAUCAUCCCCGGUGAUGUUAUUUUCGUCAUUGAGGAGAAGGAGCAUCCCCGUUUCAAGCGUCGUGGUGACCAUCUUUUCUACGAUGCUCAUAUUGAUCUGCUUACAGCUUUGGCCGGAGGUCAAAUUGCCAUUGAGCAUCUUGACGAACGCUGGCUCACUGUUCCCAUUUUGCCUGGCGAGUGCAUCAAGCCUGACGAGUUGAAGGUUAUUCCCGGUCAAGGUAUGCUCUCUUACCGUCACCACGAGCCAGGAAAUCUUUACAUUCGCUUCCAUAUUGAUUUCCCUGAGCCCAACUUUGCUACUCCCGAGCAACUUGCUCUUCUCGAGAAGGUUCUUCCCCCUCGUAAGGUCCAGACUCCUCCCAGUAACGCUGUUGUUGACGAAUGUGUGUUGGCCACUCCUGAUGCUCAAGAGCAAGCUCGUUUGGACAACGGUGAUUACGGCAGCUCUGGUAUGGACGAGGAUGAGGAGGCCGGCGGUCACCCCGGUGUUCAAUGCGCACAGCAGUAAGCUCAUACGUGUCUGUUUUAAAAAAAAGCGACCUUUUGCAUCCUGUUUUGAUCGACAUCUCCAAUCUUGUGUUGGACGAGGGUUCAAAGCGGUCACUUACCUUACGCCAUUGUCCGCUGCAUGAUCUUGAUUGAGCCAAUUCAUUACUAAAUUAUCAAUCGCUCCUUUUACAGCCGCUCUGUGAACUCUUGUCGUGGUCCGCUCGUUUUUAUUUACGCUUCGAGGAUUCAAAGUAAAUACUUGCCUUCAACGCUCAAGGCUUUGACUUGCAAGGGAUUCGUUUGGCUGUAUUUCCACAAGUAUCUGGUCAGUACUUAUACCUCCCUGCGUUGGGGCGCCCAAUGUGUACUAAAAAACGGUGUUUUAUAUUGUUUUUCUAUAAUUGGAGAUAUAUCUGUGUUCUCUUCAUUUACAUUUUUCUUUCAUUGACUAUGCCUACGGUGGAAGGAUUUCCUCAAGCAUUAUUUGUUCUUUUCUUAGGUCUGGUAGUUUAAUGAUCACAUUUUGCGUGUGUGUAAAAAAGGAAGAA